AUGACGAUUCUAACCCCUGAUGUGGAUCUUUUUUCCAAAGUAGCAAAACUUCCAUCUGAAGUUAUUAUUAUGAUUAUUGAUCAUUUACCCAAGUGUGUUUUACCAGAAUUAUUGUAUUUCCCUCCAAUUAGAAAGGAAAUUGCUUCUACAAUUUUAUCAGAUGUAUACAUUACCAACAAUGUUCGUCGACACAAAGGUAGUAAUGAUGAUGAGCCACUUGUUGGGUAUUCCCAGUGCGAUUGUAACCAAUUCAGAAUCAAACUCAUCAAGUUGAAACAAGGUAUUAAUCAAUGGAAUAUAUACCCGAAAACUAUACAUUUGGAAUAUAUGGAACAAUUUACCAAUGUUUUAGACACAUUCCCAGAACUUUUAGCAGAAGCUCUGAGUAUUAAUGGCAUUUUUUUUGGUAAAGAAGUUUUAGAUCCAGAAGAAUUGACAAAGUUUUUGAACAAUUCCAAUAUCAAAUUUGAUAUGAUAAGAUUAGACGAUUUCCAAGAUCCAGUGAAAAUACCUCCUGUUGCCACAACUAUUCUGUUAUUUGAUACUAUAUUAGAUGAUUAUGAUAUUUCUGAUGUUCAAAAAAUGGAUAUAGAAAUGAAAUCUCGUAGUUUAGGAUCCGAAUUUUAUGAUUUUCCAAUUGAUUUAGAAGAAUUACAAAUUAAAAGUGAACUGUUAUUUCAAGCAACUUUAAUUCCCAAUUUACGGAAAUUAUGUAUCACAGCAGAAUAUCAUCUAAUAAGUUAUAGAAUAGAAGAAUUGACUAGAUUAGAAUAUUUACUGCUUAAUUUCCUCAAUUUUACUUGUUUUUAUGCUCUUGAAAUGGAUGCACCAAAUUUAAAAACCUUAAUAUUGAAUAAAUGUUUAACGUUGACUGAAUAUGAUGGGUUAGAGAAUUGUCAACAUUUAAAGCAUUUAACAAUAAAUGAUUGUGCAUAUCCAUUUGAAUUAUUAAAUAAAGCAAGUUUUCAUGAAUUAGAAAGUUUUGAAUAUAAUGGAUCCGAUUAUAUAGAUCCAGAAUGUUUUGAGAAAGAAAAUUUUACUUUCCCUGUAAAUUUGAAAAAAUUAUCAAUAAAAUCAGAAGAUUUUAUUAAUGUUGAUUUGAAUCAAAUAGUAUUUCCGGUUUCAUUGACACAUUUAGAACUUUUAGAUAUAUCAUUUAUUAAUGAAUAUUUCCAUUUGGAUGACAAUUUACAAUAUAUUCAUAUUGAAACAUCAAAGCUUACUUUUGAAAAUAAAUUUAAAAUCCCUUCUAUGGCUGAAGAAUUGAUAUUAAAAGCUGAUUAUUUAACUUUUGAAAGUCCAGAAUUCAUGUAUUCUUUGCCAAAAAAUCUUUUACGAUUGCAUUUAAUUGCUACCAAACAAGGAGAAAUGAAUUCCCUUACUCAAACAAUCAAAUGGCCAAUGAUAUUAAGUGAUUUUGCAUUAACGGGUUUCAAUAUUGAUUACAAGACAUUGGAGUUAUUAAAUUUAAAAGAAUCUAAACUCAGAGAAAUUAAAGUUUGUGAGGGUAAUGUAAAGAAGUUAGAUAUAGAUUUGUUUCCAGUUAGUGUUGAAUAUCUAACUUUGCUGCAUAUGGGAAUACACCAAUUACCUGAUUCAUUAGAAAAGUUGGAAAAUUUACAAAAGUUAUCUCUAUCAGGUAAUCAAUUGAGAAAAAUAAAUUCUGUUAAAUUGCCAAUAUCAUCAUUGAAAGAUUUAGAUUUAAGUCAAUGUAAUCUUGAAUUAGUGUCACCAUUUUUGGUUUCAAUGUUUGAAAUGGAAAAUGAAAAUCCAGAAUUAAGAGUAAAUGCAACGGGGAAUUUAAAUGUCAAUGUUAAUGAUAUAAGAAAAGUAUUAAAAGCAAUAAAAGGACUUUCAUUAGAACUCAAUAAAUUUAAUGAAACAUUGAUGGAAAUAUCCAAACAUUCUUCUCGUUUGCAAUGCACAAGUGAACUUGAUGAUCCUUAUUUUGAACAAUCUAUAACCGAAAAGAAAACGGGCCCUGAUUCUUAUGAAUCAGAAGAUCUUUACAAUGGAAGUGAUUUUAAUCUGGAUGAAGAAAAAAAUGAUGAAGAUAACAAAAGACGAAAAGUAAGUUAA